CCGCACCGCCCUUUCCCUGCUGCUCCGCAGGCGCACCCACCCCCACGUGCUCACCUGCUUCAGCGGCUGGCCCCGCCUACCUAGGCCUGCUGGGCCUCAGUGGAGAUUCCGAUUUCCAUUUGCCUUUUCGCUUUACAAACAUCAGCUGGAAUUGCCCAGCGAGCCUGGCUAAAAGCAGAGCCAUGCGGCCAGGGAAGCAGUUGCGACUCGGCCAUGGCUCCAGCUCGGCUUGUGCUACUGGUGACCACGGUGUUUGGCCUGACUGGGGCAGGCCCUGUCCCCGCUUCCGGGCCCACCUCAACCAAGAGGGGCUGCCACGUGGGCAAGUUCCAAUCUCUGUCGCCGAGGGAGCUAGAAGCCUUCAAGGCGGCCAAGGACGCCUUGGAAGAGUCACUCUCACUGAAGAACUGGACCUGUGCCUCUCGCCUCUUCCCUAGGACCAGGGACCUGAUGCGACUGCAGGCCUGGGAGCGCCCUGCCGCCUUGGAGGCUGAGCUAGACUUGACGCUGAAGGUCCUGGAGAACAUGACCGACUCUUCCCUGGGGGGCGUCCUGGACCAGCCCCUGCGUGUGCUGCGCCACGUCCACUCCGAGCUCCAGGCUUGUGUCCUGGCUCAGCCCACAGCGGGACCCAGACCCCGCGGCCGCCUCCACCACUGGCUGCACCGGCUCCAGAGGGCCCCAGAGGAGUCCCAGGCGUGCCUCGAGGCCUCCGUCACCUUCAACCUCUUCCGCCUCCUCACACGGGACCUGAAAUGUGUCGCCAGCGGAGACCUGUGCGUCUGAAAACCUGGACCCACACCCAGCCCGUCCGAGACCCAGACCUUCAGUGUGCACCGGGCCUCAUCCCUGCCUUAAGUUAUUUCCUCGCAAUCCCUUAUUUAUGGACCUGCAGCCAUAUCCCUAAGAAAUGUUUAUUUUUCUACUUUUGUACAAUGUGCAGCAACACGACUGAAAACCCAGAUGAACAAAAACAUUUCAAGGAAAAAGAAAAAGAGACAAAUGGGGUCCUGAGACUCUCCAGGAACAGCCUGAGGGUAAAGGUGACUUAAAGGUCUAUCCACCAAAUGCAACGUGGAGACCUUAUUUGAGCCCUGAUACAAACAAACCGCUUUUAAAAUAUGGAUUCAUACAACAACUGGACAUCAGAA